AUGCUGGAUCUCUGUUUAGUUGUCACUGUGUUAACCACAACCAACAUGUUGGAUCUCUGUUUAGUUGUCACUGUGUUAACCACAACCAACAUGUUGGAUCUCUGUUUAGUUGUCACUGUGUUAACCACAAUCAACAUGCUGGAUCUCUGUUUAGGGGUCAGUGCUCUAAAAUGAGUCUCUCUGGGGAGAGAGAGGAGGGGGGCCCUGCCUCUAAAAUGCAUCUCUCUGGGGGACAUGACACCAAAGCUAAGAGUCCAAUCAAGCAGGAGAGACCAGCCUCCCCUGUACCCAGCUGUGUGUCCAUGAAGAGUGACUGGUCUAUGGAUCAACCUAUACGGUUUAGAGAGGGAGACUUUUCUACUGAACAAAGAAACCAACAGGAGAGAUCAGAGUCAGAGAUUCUCAGUGGUCAGUCUUCCCAGAGUCAUCAAACAGACCUGGCCUCCAUAUUCAGUGUGCUUGAAGAGAAUAUUAUGACAUUUGUGAAGAACGAGCUGAAGAUGUUCAAGAGGAUUCUUAGUCCAGAACUCCCAGAAGGCUUUGAGAGUCAGAAGCAGGAUAAGGAAGUGGUGGAUGCUGAAGAUGAGAAGCAGGAGAGCAGUGCCAGAGAGGGGGCUCUGAAGAUCACACUGCACGUCCUGAGGAAAAUGAACCAGAAGGAGCUUGCUGACACACUGGAGAAAAAUGAGCUUGCUGUGAUUUGCCAACGUGAACUCAAAUCUAAUCUAAAGAAGAAGUUUGAAUGUGUAUUUGAGGGGAUCGCUAAACAAGGAAACCCAACACUUCUCAAUAAGAUCUACACAGAGCUCUACAUCACAGAGGGUGGAACAGGAGAGGUCAAUAAUGAACAUGAGCUGAGACAGAUUGAGACAACAACCAGGAAACAAGCAAGACCAGAGACUGCAAUCAAAUGUAACGACAUCUUCACACCUUUAACUGGACAAGACAAACUUAUCAGAACUGUGCUGACAAAGGGAGUCGCUGGCAUUGGAAAAACAGUCUCUGUGCAGAAGUUCAUUCUGGACUGGGCUGAAGGAAAAGCAAAUCAGGAUGUCCAAUUUGUAUUUUCAUUCCCUUUUCGGGAGCUGAAUUUGAUGAAAGAGGACAAACACACUUUCAUUGAACUUCUCAAUCACUUCUCAAUGGAAACCAAACAAUCAAGAAUCUCCGACUACAACAAGUACAAAGUUCUGUUCAUCUUUGAUGGUCUGGAUGAGUGCCGACUGCCCCUAGACUUCCAGAAGAACAAGAUCUGUUGGGACGUCACAGAGUCAACCUCAGUGGAUGUUCUGCUGACAAAUCUCAUCAAGGGAAAUCUGCUUCCCUCUGCUCUCCUCUGGAUAACUACCCGACCUGCAGCAGCCAAUAAGAUUCCUUCAGGGUGUGUUGACCAGGUGACAGAGGUACGAGGGUUCAAUGACCCACAGAAGGAGGAGUACUUCAGGAAGAGAUUCAGUGAUGAGGACCUGGCCAGCAGAAUCAUCUCACACAUAAAGACGUCAAGGAGCCUCCACAUCAUGUGCCACAUUCCAGUCUUCUGUUGGAUUUCUGCAACAGUCCUUGAACACAUGCUGAAACAUAAGAGAGAAGAGAUGCCCAAGACUCUGACUGAGAUGUACACACACCUUGUGGUGUUUCAUACCAAACAGAAGAAUGAAAAGUAUCUUGGGAAAGAAGAGACAGGUCCACACUGGAAUAAAAAGAGCAUUCUGUCACUGGGAAAACUGGCUUUUCAACAGCUUGUGAAGGGCAAUCUGAUUUUCUAUGAAAAAGACCUGAAAGAGGCUGGCAUUGAUGUCAAUGAAGCUUUAGUGUACUCAGGAUUGUGCACACAGCUCUUUAAAGAGGAAUGUGUGCUGUACCAGAACAAGGUGUACUGCUUUGUUCAUCUGAGCAUUCAGGAGUUUCUGGCUGCUGUAUAUGUGUUCCUCUCAUUCAUCAACAACAAAGAGAAUCUAAUGGCCGAACCGCAAUCAAAGUCCAGGAACCUUUCUGCGCUGUUCAGAGACAAGCAUAAAGUUACUGUCUACAAGAAUGCUGUGGAUAAAGCCUUACAAAGUGAGACGGGAAACCUGGACCUUUUCCUCCGCUUCCUUCUGGGCCUCUCACUGGAGUCCAAUCAGAAGCACUUACGAGGUCUACUGACAAAGACAAGAAGCAGCUCAAAGACCCAUGAAGAAACAGUCAAGUACAUCAAGGAGAAGAUCAGGGAGAAUCCCUCUCCAGAGAGGAGCAUCAAUCUGUUCCACUGUCUGAAUGAACUGAAUGACCAUUCUCUAGUGGAGGAGAUCCAAAGCUUCCUGAACUCAGGAAGUCUCUCAAAACCCUACCUGUCACCUGCACAGUGGUCAGCUCUGGUCUUUGUGUUGCUGACUUCAGAAAAGGAGCUGGAUGUGUUUGACCUGAAGAAAUACUCCAGAUCAGAGGAAGGUCUUCUGAGGCUGCUGCCAGUGGUCAAAGCCUCCAGAGCUGUUCUGCUGUCAGGCUGUAGAGUCACAGAGGAAGGCUGUGCUUCUCUGGUCUCAGCUCUGGAGUCAAACCCCUCACACCUGAGAGAGCUGGAUCUGAGUAACAAUGACCUGAAGGAUUCAGGAGUGAAGCUGCUCUCUGCUGUACUGGGGAAUCCCCACUGUAAACUGGAGACUCUGAGACUGUCAGGCUGUCUAGUCACAGAGGAAGGCUGUGCUUCUCUGGUCUCAGCUCUGAGGUCAAACCCCUCACACCUGAGAGAGCUGGACCUGAGUAACAAUGACCUGAAGGAUUCAGGAGUGAAGCUGGUCUCUGCUGGACUGGGGAAUCCCCACUGUAAACUGGAGACUCUGAGGCUGUCAGGCUGUCUAGUCACAGAGGAAGGCUGUGCUUCUCUGGUCUCAGCUCUGAGGUCAAACCCCUCACACCUGAGAGAGCUGGAUCUGAGUAACAAUGACCUGAAGGAUUCAGGAGUGAAGCUGCUCUCUGCUGGACUGGGGAAUCCCCACUGUAAACUGGAGACUCUGAGGCUGUCAGGCUGUCUAGUCACAGAGGAAGGCUGUGAUUCUCUGGUCUCAGUUCUGAGGUCAAACCCCUCACACCUGAGAGAGCUGGAUCUGAGUAACAAUGACCUGAAGGAUUCAGGAGUGAAGCUGCUCUCUGCUGGACUGGAGAAUCCCCACUGUAAACUGGAGACUCUGAGGCUGUCAGGCUGUGGAGUCACAGAGGAAGGCUGUGCUUCUCUGGUCUCAGCUCUGGAGUCAAACCCCUCACACCUGAGAGAGCUGGACCUGAGUAACAAUGACCUGAAGGAUUCAGGAGUGAAGCUGCUCUCUGCUGGACUGGGGAAUCCCCACUGUAAACUGGAGACUCUGAGGCUGUCAGGCUGUCUAGUCACAGAGGAAGGCUGUGCUUCUCUGGUCUCAGCUCUGAGGUCAAACCCCUCACACCUGAGAGAGCUGGACCUGAGCUACAAUCACCCAGGAGACUCAGGAGUCAGACUGCUCUCUGCUGGACUGGAGGAUCCACACUGCAGACUGGAGAAACUCAAUGUGGAACAUGGUGGAGAGAACACAAUGAAACCUGGGAUUAGAAAAUAUGUCUGUGAUCUCACACUGGACCUAAACACAGUAAACAGACUCCUCUCUCUGUCUGAGGAGAACAGAAAGGUGACAUGGAGGAGAGAGAAGCAGCCGUAUCCUGAUCACCCAGAGAGAUUUGAGGUCCGUGGACAGGUGCUGUGUAGAGAGGGUCUGACUGGGCGCUGUUACUGGGAGGUAGAGUGGAGUGGGAGAAGGGCUGAUAUAGGAGUGACAUAUAAAGGAAUCAGCAGGAGAGGAGGGGUUAAGGACUGUUGUCUUGGAUGGAAUAACAAGUCCUGGAAUCUGUUCUGCUCUGACAACAGUUACACUGCCAGUCACAAUAAUAAACCCACUACCAUAGACGUCCCCUCCUCCGGCUCCCACAGAGUAGGAGUGUAUCUGGACUGGCCAGCCGGCACUCUGUCCUUCUAUAGAGCCUCCUCUGACACACUGACCCACCUGAUCACAUUCACCUCCACAUUCACUGAGCCCCUCUAUCCAGGAUUUAGGGUUGAUGAUGUUGACUCCUCAGUGUCCCUGGAAAUAAUAACCUGACACACACACACACACUGGACACUCACAGACACACAUUGGACACACAAACACACACACACACACACACACACACACACACACACACACACACACACACACACACACACACACACACACACACACACAGUCUUGUACAGCUAACCUUGUGGGGACAUACAAUUCAGUCCCAUUCAAAAUCCUAUUUUCCCUAACCCCUAACCCUAACCCUAACCCUAACCCAAAAACCUCAACUUUAUCCUAACCCUAGCUCCUAACCCUAACCCUACAACUAACCCUAGCUCUUAACCUUAAUAUUUAACUUAAUUCUAACCCUAACACUAAUUCUAACCUUAACCCUAAACCCCCUAGAAAUAGCAUUUGACCUUGUGGGGACUAACAAAAUGUCCCCAGUUGGUCAAUUUUUACUUUGUUUACUAUUCUUGUAGGGACUUCUGGUCCCCACAAGAAUAGUUAAACACGUCCACACACUGGACACACACACACACGGAGACACACACACACACACACACACACGGAGACACACACACACACACAGGACCCACACACACGCAGACACACACACUGGACACUCACAGACAUACAUUGGACACACAAACACACACACACACACACACUGGACACACACACACGGAGACACACACACACACACACGGAGACACACACACACACAGGACCCACACACACGCAGACACACACACACUGGACACUCACAGACACACAUUGGACACACAAACACACACACAAACACACACACACACACACACUGGACACACACACACGGAGACACACACACACACACAGGACCCACACACACGCAGACACACACACACUGGACACUCACAGACACACAUUGGACACACAAACACACACACACACGCAGACACACACACACACUGGACACUCACAGACACACAUUGGACACAGAAACACACACUGGACACACACACACUGGACACACACACACGGAGAGACACACACACACACACGGAGACACACACACACACACACACACAAACACACACACACACAAACACACACACACACACACACACACUGGACACACACACACGGAGACACACACACACACACAGGACCCACACACACGUAGACACACACACACUGGACACUCACAAACACACAUUGGACACACACACACACACUGGACACACACACACGGAGACACACACACAGGACCCACACACACGCAGACACACACACACGGGACACUCACAGACACACAUUGGACACACAAACACACACACACACACACUGAACACACACACACGGAGACACACACACACACAGGACCCACACACACGCAGACACACACACACUGGACACUCACAGACACACAUUGGACACACACACACACACACACACACACACACACACACAGGACCCACACACACUUAGACACACACACAUUGGACACUCACAAACACACAUUGGACACUCAAACACACACACACACACAUACAAACACACACACACACACACACACACUGGACACACACACGGAGACACACACACACACACAGGACCCACACACACGCAGACACACACACACUGGACACUCACAAACACACAUUGGACACACACACACACACUGGACACACACACACGGAGACACACACACAGGACCCACACACACGCAGACACACACACACGGGACACUCACAGACACACAUUGGACACACAAACACACACACACACACACUGAACACACACACACGGAGACACACACACACACAGGACCCACACACACGCAGACACACACACACUGGACACUCACAGACACACACUGGACACACACACACGGAGACACACACACACACAGGACCCACACACACUUAGACACACACACAUUGGUCACUCACAAACACACAUUGGACACUCAAACACACACACACACACAUACACACUGGACACACACACACGGAGACACACACACACACACACACAGGACCCACACACACGCAGACACACACGCACACAGACACACAAUGGACACACACACACACACACGGAGCACACACACACACACUGACACGCAGGACACACACACACACUAGACACACACACACAAACACAGACACACACACACACGCGCUGGACACACACACACACACUGACACACAGGACACACAGGACACACACACAUACUAAAUGGUAGUAACACUCUGAAGUCAUUCCAUCCUUUCACUAAAUGGUAGUAACACUAAGUCAUUCCAUCCGUUAACUAAAUGGUAGUAACACUAAGUAAUUCCAUCCUUUCACUAAAUGGUAGUAACACUAAGUCAUUCCAUCCUUUCACUAAAUGGUAGUAACACUAAGUCAUUCCAUCCUUUCACUAAAUGGUAGUAACACUAAGUCAUUCCAUCCUUUCACUAAAUGGUAGUAACACUAAGUAAUUCCAUCCUUUCACUAAAUGGGAGUAACACUCUGAAGUCAUUCCAUCCUUUCACUAAAUGGUAGUAACACUAAGUCAUUCCAUCCUUUCACUAAAUGGUAGUAACACUAAGUCAUUCCAUCCUUUCACUAAAUGGUAGUAACACUAAGUCAUUCCAUCCUUUCACUAAAUGGUAGUAACACUAAGUCAUUCCAUCCUUUCACUAAAUGGUAGUAACACUAAGUCAUUCCAUCCUUUCACUAAAUGGUAGUAACACUAAGUCAUUCCAUCCUUUCACUAAAUGGUAGUAACACUAAGUCAUUCCAUCCUUUCACUAAAGCUCUAGAGUAACUUUCUAUUGACAGAUGCCUCAUUUAAAUAUUCUGGAUGUUGAUGAUGUCCCAUGGCCCUACUUCACUGUGUUAUAAUGGACCUUAAGCUUGUUAUGGCACCUCUGUAACCAGCUAUCAAACAUACUGACCUUUCUGACCCCGUCCCAUGGCCCUACUUCACUGUGUUAUAAUGGACCUUAUGCUUGUUAUGUCACCUCUGUAACCAGCUAUGAAACAUACUGACCUUUCUGACCCCGUCCCAUGGCCCUACAUCACUGUGUUAUAAUGGACCUUCUGCUUGUUAUGUCACCUCUGUAACCAGCUAUCAAACAUAAUGACCUUUCUGACCAUAUCCCAUGGCCCUACUUUCUAGAACUAAACAUUUAAUGUCCUCUGAGUUUUGCUUACUGUCCAUUUACUUAUGUAUGAUGUGUUUGUUGUAUAUUGGGGUUGUGCCGCAGAGCAUCAUGGGGGUUUGUAUGUGUUGAGAUGAUCACGUUCCAGAUAAAUGGUUGAACUGA